CCUAAAAUCUUGCUGAUUCCAGAAGCAGCGUGAAGCGUCAAAAAUAUCAGAACGUGAUUGGAACGUGAUCAAAUGUGGUUUCUGGUGGUUGCGUAAAUAAAGUGGUGAUUCUUUGAGUCUUACAAAUAAUAACGCUCAAACAAAACACUGUUAAUCCACUAUAUAUUCGCGAGUCUGUCGUUUGCUGUCCACGGAUACAUACAUCAGACGGAUUGCUUGGUCGGGCCAAUCGGUCCGAGUACUGCGUCAUUUAUUUUAGUCAGCAUUGAAAUUUUAAAAUAAAAUGGUCAAAAUAACAAGUGGAACUUGGAAAUGUGUCAUCCCACAUUGUAAAUCUCGAGCUAGAGCUCCUGGUCAUUAUUUUCCAAAAGAUACAGUAUUAAGGAAAAAAUGGAUAAAAGCAAUAUCUAUGUCACAUGUACCUGACGAAAAAAUUAAAAAAUGUAGAAUUUGCCAUUUACAUUUUGACGAAAAUUCAUAUGUUAUUAAUUUACAACGUAGACGUUUGAAAAUUGAUGCUAUUCCAAAUCAGAAUUUGCCAAUUAGACAUGAAACAGAUGAUUCUGAGUCUGAUGCAAGUGUAAUUCUAGAAGAAGAAGAAGAAGAAGAAGAAGAAGAAGAAGAAGAAGAAGAAAUGGACGACCCACAAUAUGAUGAAGUGACUGAAACAGUUGCAUCCCAAUCUUUUCUUGAUGCUUAUAAAUCUUAUGUAAAGACAGUUGUAGAAGAAAAAGAUAUUUUGGGAAACAAUGUAGAUAUUGAAGAACAGAUAGGACAAGAAACACAGCCAUGUAAUAAUGUAAAUAUUGAAGAAGGGACACAACAAGAAACACAGCCAGAGAUUGUAAGGACAGUUGAAGAAGAAAAAGCUAUUUUGGAAAACAAUGUAGAUAUUGAAGAAGAGACACAACAAGAAACACAGCCAGAGAUUGUAAGGACAGUUGAAGAAGAAAAAGCUAUUUUGAAAAAUGUAAAUAUUGAAGAAGGAACACAACAAGAAACGCAGCCAGAGAUUGUAAAGACAGUUGAAGAAGAAAAAGUUAUUUUGGAAAACAAUGUAGAUAUUGAAGAAGGGACACAACAAGAAACACAGCCAUGUAACAAUGUAAAUAUUGAAGAAGGGACACAACAAGAAACACAACCAGAGAUUAUGGCAUCUGCGGAACAGGUCGGCCUCAACAAAACAUGGGAAUUAUCGCUUUACGAAUUACAUCGCACUCCACAAGACGCGAUCACCGACAACACAGAGAUUGCGGUCAGUCCGCGGAGUUUGCACAGCGAGCUCAUGUGCCCCAUUUGCUUGGAUAUGCUGAAGAAGACGAUGACCACCAAGGAGUGCCUCCACCGUUUUUGUUCCGACUGUAUUAUCACGGCUUUACGGAGCGGUAACAAAGAAUGUCCUACAUGCAGGAAAAAAUUGGUUUCUAAGAGAUCUCUCAGACCGGAUCCAAACUUUGAUUUGCUAAUCUCAAAAAUCUAUCCUAGCAGAGAUGAAUAUGAGGCUCAUCAGGAACGAGUUUUGGCUAAACUGAAUAAGUCACAUUCACAAGCUGCACUUGUUAACUCUAUUACAGAAGGUAUUAAGUUACAAAGUCAGAAUCGUCCACAGCGUUCCAGAAAGAAUGCUAACGAAUCUGAAAAUGCAAGCAAUGCAACAUCUUAUAACAAUACACCAAAUAUUAGUGCACCUACAACACCAAAUCCAUCUACAAAUGUAGCAAAUCAAAGUGAUUCCUCUCAAAGUGCGACAGGACCUUUAAAUAGUGGAGGAACAACAUCUAGAAACUCUACCACACCAUCGCCAAAUCCUGCAAAUCAAAUCUCAAAACCAUCAAAACGGCAGAAAAGUCUACAAAAUUCUGAGAAUGAUUCUUCUAGUGCAGAAGCCGAGACUGGCGGUGGUGAUUCUAUGGUUGACACAGAAGGUGAAGGUCCUAGCGAACCAUUGAUGCUUAACGAAAUUGAACUUGUCUUUAAACCACAUCCUACAGAAAUGGCAGGUGAUAAUUCUUUAAUAAAAGCAUUGAAAGAAAACAGUAUUCGCUAUAUAAAAACAACAGCAAAUGCCACAGUGGACCAUUUAAGUAAAUAUCUAGCAAUGCGUUUAACAUUGGAUUUGGAUACUGAAUUAUCAGAAUCAGAUAGGCUAUUAAAUUUUUGUAUCUAUAUUGCACCUUCACCUGGGCAGCUUGUGGUAUUAAGUGGCUCACAAACGUUACGACAAGUGAACGAUAAAUUCUGGCGUGUCAAUCGACCUUUGGAAAUGUAUUACUCAUGGAAGAAGACCUAGGGAAGGCCUCAAAAAUAUUUAUCA